AUGAGCCACCAGCACUUGGAUGUGGUGUAUGGGAGAACAACAACAACAACGAAUCAACAAGUGGCUGAGGAAGAUCGGCCUUCAUCUCCUGGUGCGUUGUCAUGUGAUGGAGGAGCAAAGCAAAGAAAAUUAAGAAAGCAAAAAGUCAUUAAGAAAAAGAAUGAACUCGGAGAGUAUCGAUAUUACAAUCCGAACACGGGCGAAGAUGUUACGGAAAAAGUAUUAAAACAAAAGGAAAAGAAAAAGUUGGAGAGUAGUAUUGUUUCGGAGCAGCAAUUGGAAGAAGAUGAAAAACAACUGAAGGAAACAUCAACUUUGGAAUCACCAUCUAAAAUUCAAGAAAACAAGACUUCACCUACAAAACCAACAUCAAAGAAGAAAAACAAUGACGAGAGAGCAGAAGGAAAAUUUCAAAAAAAUGUUUCCUCAACUCGACAUCAACACGAUGAUGACAAAGCGGAUGGCGACACGAGUUCGAAACAAGUCACAAAGAAAAAUAAUACAACUGUGAGAAAUGAAGAAGAAGAAUUAACUCAACAAUAUCCUACAACGAUGAAAAAGGAUUCCUCAAAAAGUGAGAUUAUUUCAACAAGAUCCGAUGAUGACAGUGCAGCAUCGGAACAACAACAAGUUGGACAACCCAAAACAACAUCAGCUAUUGUUCCUCAUCUUGGAUUACCAACAUCAUCAAGUACAGGUAAACUGCCGAGUCGUGGUACUGGUCGAAAUUUGCAAUCACAAGAUGAAAAUCAGAGUGAUGAAGAGGAUCAGCGAUCCGAUAAAAUCAUCAUUACUCCACCUCCCACCAAUAGAGCAAGAUCAUUCUUUGCUCCUCACGAAGGUAGUGACAAUAAUUUUGAAGUUUUUCAAGUAGAAAAACCACAAACCUCACAAAGUGACAAGUCAGUGAGCUCUUCCGAAAGAUUAAUAGGAGACGAGGACGAGAGCAAGAUGAAAAAGCAGCAUCGUGAAAGCCCACCUAAUGAGAAAGCAAAACCAAAAUUAAACAAUAGCGAGCACAGAAGACGACGACGUUCCAAGCCCAAGCGCGAAGAACCUACCAACAAUCAAGAAGAUGAGAGAAUUUCAGAUGGUGCCAAGGAAGAAGAGACCUCUUCACAAGAUGCCCUUAUACAAGCUCCAGCCAUUGCCUCUUCAACAGCUGAUGACCGUAUGUUGGAUCAGGAUGAAACAGCAACGACUGGAACUGCCUCCUCUGCUUCAGAAGACGCUCUCAAUUCAUCUCCAAAAAACAAAGAUCCAAUGGCAGAGUUGUAUCAGGAAAAUAAUCAACCCAUUGUUGCAACACCAGCAGUACUGCCCGGAUAUCUUGCUUCACAGUCUUCACUCAAUAUGGAUGCUAUUUGGAGCAUGAAAGGAUUGGCCAAGUUAUGGAGAAAAUCCUUAAAUUUUGUAAGGACUUUUUCAUUUACAGAUCCUCAACAAGAGCCAACCAUCAAAUCAAACAAACAUUCGUUAUUUGAUCCCACUAAGAGAAAUAUUGCAGAGAGAAUGACACGACCAAUUUUAACAUUGACCAUUAAGGGUGCAGAUAUGUUGACUCUUGAUGAAAAUGUCGUGCAUCCUUGUGUGAAAGUAUCCGUGUUGGACACUCUCACGGGUCAAUAUCUCAAAGCAGAUUCAUUCAAUGACAAGUCCAAUGAGGUGGUUUUACCUCAAAUGACUCUACCAUACAAUAUGAAAAAGACAAAGAGUUUAGUACCAAUAUGGAAUGACACCAUGUAUUUUGACACACUGUAUAAUCAUUUUCUGAAAGAAAAUGUUGUAUUUAUUUUUGAACUUGUAGAUUUCAGUUUUGAAAAAGGAGAAUAUAAAAUAGCAUGGGGAUUUUUAAAGCCUGUAAGCUCUAGUGGAAGAGCCAAUGCAGGAAAAGACUUGCGAAUUAGACUUUUCAAAUAUCAUAGAAAAAUUCCUGGAAUUCUCUCUAAAUUUUUCACACACCAGACACCUCCAGUGCAACCUUCACAAACGAGCAGCCCUUCCACCACCUUAAACACUAAUCAAGUAGUCUCUACCAAUGAGGCGUUCUUGCUGUACCAGCACAGACAAAAGGCACAAUUGUAUCCUUCCACUCUCUACAUCGAAAUGAAAGCAAUGCAACGACCACCACGAAAAAAGAUAUCGUUCCCUGAACGACCGCAAAAACCUAAUGAAUUUGAAAUUGGAAGAUUUACUCUUGAGGAAUUGCUUCAAAAUAAUGAUGAACAAGUUGUAAAUAUUGUACAGUCAGAACAAACCAAAGAAAAGAAGAAGGAGCAAUCCCUUCAACGACUCAAACUAAAACGUGAAGCCAACGAACCGUGUGAAAUUCCAUCCAAAUUAUUAUUUCAAUUUGAUGCAGGAGAAAAGGGAUGUAUAUGUUUGGAUUUUUCAAAAUCUGGUCAAUACUUAGCCUGUGGAUGUCACACCAAUGAGAGUUAUGGUCAAUUGAAAAUUUAUGAUGUCUUUGAGGGAACUCUUGUGGAAAGCAUUAAUGCUCACAUUGAUCUCAUUUACAGUAUUGAUUGGAAUUGUGACGAUAGUGAAAUUGUAACCUCGUCCUCGGACGGUACCUGUAAAGUUUGGAACGUCGAGUACGAUAAAAAGAAGGCCUCCAACAGAAAACCAAAACUCGUCUCAACCGUUCAACAUCCUUGCUAUGUCUACACGGCACGAUUCCAUCCUCAAUGCAAGAAGAUUAUUGCUUCGGGGAGUUACGAUCGCCGUAUUCGAAUUUUCAAUAAGGACACUGGAAAAAUCAUUAAGGAACUUGAAGGACACUCCUCUCGAAUCAGUAGUAUUGUCUUUGAUCAAGGUGGCACUCGAAUGUACUCUGCCAGUGGUGACGGCAUGAUCAAAAUUUGGAGUUGUCGACUCAGAGAAGAUUCUACCUUGGAUGACAUUUCCAAUUCAUUCGCAUGCAUGAGAACGAUUCAAGAGAGUGAAUUGAGCAAAUCCACUCUCACCUGUAUUCGAAUGGAUCCAAAAUAUUCACAAGAACGUUUAUUUAUUCAUUCCCAAGACAACAUGUUACGACGAUUAGAUACUGGAUUGAAAAAUAUUCGUAAUCGAUAUCAUGGUGUGAAAUGUUUUAUGAAUGCUCAGAAAUGUAAUGUGAGUCCAGAUGGUCAAUAUCUUGUCUCUGGAUCUGAUAUUGGAAGAGUCUACUUUUGGAAUGUUGAAAGUGAAGAAUUAAUUUUUAAGGAAGGAAAAGAUUUUGGAUUUGAGGAUUCACCAGUGUAUGACAUUGCAUGGAGUUCUAAAGAGCAUAUGGUUGCAUUGUGCUCGUUUGAUGGAAAUCAACCAAUUCGAGUGUUUUGUUUUGAGAAGGCCAUUGACGACAUGAAUUCAAAAACUCAUUCGACAAACGAUCAACAAGCACAGCAGCCACACAAAUCGUUGCACCAUCAUCAUCAUUACACCACGCCACCCAACUACUCUCACAUGUUUACAUCAUCAAAUUUACAGGCAGCACUAUUGACCAAACGAUCCAAUGGAUCGAGUAGCAAUGAGAAUCCGAAUUCGUAUUAUGGAGGUCCUUUGAGUCCUUCCAAUGCGACGAGUCAGAGUUUUUUCACAAUGCCUCAAUCACCCAUUGGAAAGAAUGGACAAGGUCCACCACCACGAAGUUCAACAUUAUUAUCAAGCGGCUUUAAUUUUGGUUCGAGAUCAAAAACACCAGAUCCAUUCAAGUUGAAUCCUGGUAAUUCGUUGUUAGGAGCAAGACCAAGAACAUCGACAGCUCCCAAAGUGGAGUUUCAAUAG